AACACAGACAGACCUGGAUAUGCUGGAGUAAGUCGGCCCCAUGGGAAUUCAGAUUGGGGCUAGUGGUUCCUCUGAGGUCAGCCAGCCAGCUAGAACACAUACAGUUCAACAAGAGAUGCAAAGAUCUUUUCCAGCUAUUUAUAGCAACCGGAUGAGAACUAAAAGAAAGGCACCUGAACCUCCGACUGUGAUAAAGUUCCUAGAACUACAGUUCUGCUUGCUAGAACAGCAUACGGACAGAUGUCCAAAAGAUGAAACACUGCUACUGCGAGCAGGUUUAGGCAGAAGGAGUGUAAAUAUUUUAGACACUGCUGAUCAUACUGAGAUCACUAGAGUACUACUUGAGGAAUAUCCCAAGCUGCAAAAUUUGCAUGGUGGUUGGCUUCUUCACAAAGCGGCAGGGGGUAGUGGACAAAGAAAAACUACUCCCCUACCCCAGGGUUCCCAGGGCUACACAGCAAAAAUAUUGAAGUCCUCCUCAAACAAUGGCAAGAAUAUCAUUUAUAUUGUACCUCUUCAAGAAGAAAUUGACAUGACCCCACUGCCAUAUGAUGCCCCUGAAUUCAAGAACAUGCCAAAAAAUGUUUGCAUGACUUGCGGCCAAUCAGUUCCUCUUCAGCUGCUGCCAUUUCACAUUGAAUCCUGUCAACAAGUAAAUCAGGACUCUGGAUCUGUGGUAGAAGACGAGCCAAGACGAGAGCCAGAUGUUAUUUGUAUGGAUACCUGUCCAAUAUGCGGAGAGCAGUUUGCUGCUGAGAUGAUGCCCUACCAUGCAAGUUCAUGUGGAGAAAGUUUUCCUCAAAUUAUUACCACAAUGAACAGCAAUGCUACUGAAGAAAGUGCAUCAGUAUCAGUGGUUUGUGAAAGCACUGUAACUGAAAGCAGUACUGACCUAUCCAGUUCUGGCACAUCAGAAUCCUGGAAGAGAGCUGAAGUUCCACAAAGAGCAGCAGUGCUGUACAGAAUGGGUUUGGUACAGGAAAAAGAAACUGAACCACCAUUAAAGUUCAGAUUGGAUAUAAGAGAGGAUGUGGAAGACCAGGAGGCAAAAAUAAUCAGCUUUUAUAAGAUCCCUAAAGUAGACUGGGCCAGGCCACUCUACUGCAAAUUGCAAGGUGAUGUAGCCACUGGAGAGGGUGUAAAACGUCAUUUUUUCAGUCUUGUAAUGCACAAGUUGCAAAGUGGAUUCAUCACAGAUUUUGGAAAUGGAACCAGCACUGUGCUUUUUGAGGGCCAAGUUGAUCACCUAGUUCCAUCCACCUCUCAAGUUCUUGUGCAGAGUGAUUUGUUCUUGAUGGCAGGGAGGAUGAUUGGCCACUCCUUCCUACAUGGUGGCCCUCUGGUUGCUGGUCUGAGCCCAGCAAUUAUCCAUGUAUUAUUAGGUGGUUCCCCGCAGACAGCAGUCAUCCUGCUAGAAGAUGUAGUAGACAUUGACAUACGGGAGACAUUACAGCUGUUAUAUACAGACAAUGAUUCCAAGAGAGAGAAGUUAAAUGAUGAGAAGAAAAAUGAGCUAAGUGAGGACCAGAGGCGAGCUGUUAAUCAGCUGGCAUUAUCUUGGGAUCUUCCUGUGCUGACAGCAACAAACCGCACCUGGCUCUUGCACAGUUUGCUUCAGCAUGCUGUGCUCACUGGACCCUCACGACAAAUAAAGCAGUUUCGACAGGGACUGAAGGAGUCAAUGAUAUGGCCACUAUUGGAGGCCAGGCCAGAUGUGGUACCUGUGAUUUUCCCACGUCACUCAACAGCUGAAUGCAAUGCACAGGUAGUUCUAGACAAUAUAAUUUGGCCAAGUGAGGAAGAGACAGAUAAUGAUGAUGGUGAUGGCUUCCCAGUUGCUGUCAAAUGCAAAAUUGCUGGCUACCUCCGGCAGUUUGUGGAGACUGUUACCCAAGACAAAUUAAAGCAGUUGGUAAAAUUCUGGGUGGGCUGGGAGCUGCCCAUGAAAGACAUGCAAGUGGAAGUGGUGCAGGCAGCCCAUCCAUCAUCGUCUACCUGCUUUCAAAUCCUGCGCCUACCUGGUUACUACACAAGCUACAAUGAGUUUUAUGAUAAUUUGAAAGGUUGUAUUGCCCAUAAUGACAGUGGGUUUGGACUAAUAUAAUUAUGAAGAAGAAGAAGAAUUGUGUAAGCUGUUCUGUUUUUUCACUUUGUAUCCGGGGGGUGGAGAAAAUGUUUGUGUUAAGUCUGUUAUAUCCAUUUAUGCCCUUCCCCCAAAUAUUGCAGUUAUAAAAUACUCUGUUGCAAAUAUGUUUAAAUAUGCAAGUUUUUACUUUUCAAGACAUGUCAAAUCAUAUUAACAAACAUACUGUUCAUUCAGUUGCAACAUUUUCACUGUCCAAGUUAAAAAUGUUAAAAUGUUUAAGAUGUUUUAUGCAUUUUAGAUGCAUUAGGAAAACUAUUA